AUGCGCGCGGGUGUAUAUCGUUAUCUUUAUCACACCACACCUUGCGUUGUACGAUCCGAUCGUAACGGCUUCAGCACGACGAAAAGAAACCGUUUUUCCUGUGGUGGAGGCAGCCAAGAACUGUCGCCAAAGUCCACAACUUUGACUACGACUUCGACAAUUACUACGACUUCAUCAACAACAAAUACAGACACAUUAUUAUCACCAACAACUGCAACAAUUAAUAAUUUUGGUGUAAAAAAAGCACGUCGCGAUUUUUUAAAUAAUUGCAACAAUACUGUUGAUUUGGAAUCAAAUAAUUGUUUACAACAAUCGAGUGUUGUUGACGAUAUUGUUGGAACGACAACAACGGCUAAUAACGUGAAUAAUUCGGCUAUUAUUACGCCGAUCCAAAAUUCAAAUUUAAAUACUAAUCAUUCAGAUAUGGAAGCACCGCUUGCCGUCGCAUUAAGUCAAAGUAUGGAUUCAGUAAAUACAGCUACAGGAGAAGAAGAGGUUCGGACAUUAUUUGUCAGUGGGCUGCCAAUGGAUGCGAAGCCACGAGAAUUAUAUUUAUUAUUCCGAGCUUAUGAGGGAUACGAAGGUUCACUAUUAAAAGUCACAAGCAAAAAUGGAAAAACGGCAUCACCGGUUGGUUUUGUAACAUUUCACACUCGAGCUGGUGCGGAGGCUGCUAAACAAGAUUUACAGCAGGGCGUAAGAUUUGAUCCUGACAUGCCUCAAACAAUUCGAUUGGAGUUUGCAAAGAGUAACACGAAGGUUAGCAAGCCCAAACAGCAGACCGCUAAUACAGCCACUACGCACCCUACUCUGAUGCACCCACUCACUGGACAUUUGGGUGCACCGUUUUUCCCAGGUGGUCCAGAAUUAUGGCAUCAUCCAUUGGCAUAUUCAGCUGCUGCUGAAUUACCUGGAGCUGCUUUGCAACAUGCUACACUUGUACAUCCGGCUCUGCAUCCCCAGGUUCCUCCCCCAAUGUCGCUGCCUCAUCCAACAGCGCUCACAUCAAUCCAUGCCUCAUUGCCGCAUUUUUUGCCAAGUCCAGCCUUGGCGUCACCGGUGGGCUCAUCGUCAUCACAACCGGGGCUGGGGGUAAGCAAUGCCCCAUGUUCAACACUGUUUGUUGCUAAUUUGGGUCAAUUUGUCUCAGAACAUGAACUAAAAGAAAUAUUCAGCAGGGAUCCAAGGGAGAAGAAAAUGGACAAUCUUAACUCGUAUUUGCAGUUGAGCACUUGACGUCGCGGCAGUUUGGGCAAACUAGUCGCUAGGUGGUUGUAUAAUAAAAAAACACCACCUAUUG